CUGUUCACACAAAGGAUGCGUCAGAAGCUGAGAGACGAAGAGCUGAAGACAUGGAAGCAAAGUUUAAUGUAAAACCAGGAGACCUGAUCGAGAUCAGCCGUUGGGGCUUUAAGCACUGGGCCGUCUACACCGGAGAGGAUGAAGUGGUUCAUUUCAGUACAGACAGUGGUCUGUCGUCUGGCUCGUUGGCAAAUUCAGGCACCGGAAUGGUGAAGCAUGAGAAGCUCACUGACGUGGUCAGCAAUAACCGUCACCAGGUCAACAAUCUGCUGGAUUACAAGCUCAGGCCUCGUGAUCCUUCCAUCAUAGUGAAGGAGGCCCGUGCGAUGGUCGGCCGCGUGUUAAAGUACGACCUUGUCAAUAACAACUGUGAGCACUUUGCUACUGAGAUGCGAUACGGCGUGGCAGAGUCUUGGCAGGUUAAAAAAACUGCUUGGAAUGCAGGGAUCUUAGGCACCACAGUCGCCUUUUUUGCCGGAGGCCCCGGUGUCGCUCUAGGAUUCACAGCAGCUGGGGCAUAUGCUGUCGGUGCAGCUCUGUUCAGCGGUCGUUCCAGCAGUUAAGAGGAAGAGGAAGAGGAAGAGAACAAGAACAAAACAAGAACAAAUCACAAACACUGGCCACAAUGAAUGUUGGUAUGUAGCCGACAGUGAUUAUGAUUUAAACUUUUUAAAUAAACGAUUUCACUUGUGCAAUCUGGAGAGAAAAAGGUUUCAACACAGUUAAAAGACAUUUGACUUGAAUCAGAUAAGACAAUAAGACAUUAAAUCAUCUGGAUGAUUAGACUAAAGACACAUCUCUCCAGACUUCACCUUGGAUUAAAAAUUAUACUAAUACAAAAAUUCCUAUAUCUGUUUAGUAGCACCUCUAUAUAUCUAGUAGCACUUAUAUAACACUUACAUAUAGCACUUUGGCUUUCUUGAAGCAAAUUGUACUUGAUUCUUGUUGCUCUGGGUUUGUUCUCUCAUGGUUGAUGCACUUAAUGUGACUUUGGAUAAAAGUGUCAGCUAAUUGAAAUGUAAUGUGAUGUGAUGUGAGGGAUGUUUCUUUGUCUUUCAUGUAAUUUUUCACUUUUUAAACGGAUCAAAUAAUCAUUUAUAUGCAAUCAAAGAAUUUAAGAUACAUUUGUCAGUGUAAAUGAUUUUCCUUAUUUCAUAAAUAUAUUUAGCAAAGACAUUUAUCACAUGUUUCCAUUUCAUCCCACUAAUUAGUUGCAUUGUGAUCAAUUCUUCAUUAUAUAUUUAAUGUAAUAACCGAAGUAGAAUGAGAUGAAAACUAUCUUCCCAACAA